CUCAAAACAACUGGUGAGACAAGAGAGGGAGAGGGGCAGCGGAGGUCUAAGAGAGCAGGGACGCCACUCAUCUGCUGCCUGACUUUACUCACCAUUGCAUUUGCAGCUCACUGUAAAAAUAUCCCCACUCGCGCAUUUCUGAGAGUUUUACACGACUCACGGCGCAUGCUCAGACUGACGACGGUGCAGUGCUUUUAUUCAGGAACUCCGAGGCCACUUUUAAAGAAUGACGACUUCAUGGAGCGACCGGCUGCAGAACUUUGCAGACCUGCCCGCAAACAUGGACGGAUUGGCAAUGAAGAAGUACAGAAGAGAAGCCUAUCACAGAGUAUUUGUCAACAGAAGCUUGGCAAUGGAGAAGAUUAAAUGCUUUGGAUUUGAUAUGGAUUACACUUUAGCAGUUUAUAAGUCACCAGAGUACGAGUCACUGGGCUUUGAGCUCACGGUGGAGCGCCUGGUUUCCAUUGGUUACCCACAGGAGCUGCUCAGCUUUGUCUAUGAUCCAUCCUUUCCCACCAGAGGUCUUGUAUUUGACACUAUGUAUGGAAACCUGUUGAAGGUUGAUGCAUAUGGUAAUAUACUUGUCUGUGUACAUGGAUUCAACUUUCUAAGAGGUCCUGAGAUUCGUGAAAAAUACCCAAACAAAUUCAUUCAGAGAGAUGAUACAGAACGCUUUUAUAUUCUAAACACACUUUUUAACCUCCCAGAAACCUACCUCUUUGCUUGUCUUGUGGACUUCUUCUCCAACUGUGACAGAUAUGCAAGCUGUGAAACGGGAUUCAAAGAUGGAGACCUGUUUAUGUCCAACAAGAGUAUGUUCCAGGAUGUGCGAGAUGCUGUGGACUGGGUGCACUUCAAGGGCACACUGAAGGAAAAGACAGUAGAGAACAUGGAGAAGUAUGUAGUGAAAGAUGGAAAGCUGCCUCUUCUCCUCAGUCGAAUGAAUGAAGUUGCCAAGGUGUUCCUGGCCACCAACAGCGACUACAAAUACACUGAUAAAAUCAUGACCUACUUGUUUGACUUCCCACAUGGCUCCAAGCCUGGUACAGCACACCGACCCUGGAAGUCCUACUUUGACCUGAUUCUAGUGGAUGCCAGAAAACCUCUGUUUUUUGGUGAGGGCACAGUGCUGAGACAAGUUGAUACGACCACAGGACGUCUGAAGAUAGGGACAUACACCGGGCCUCUGCAGCAUGGUAUUGUGUAUUCUGGAGGCUCUUCAGAUAUCGUUUGUGAUUUACUUGGAGCUAAGGGUAAAGACAUUAUAUAUAUUGGGGACCACAUCUUUGGUGACAUCCUCAAAUCAAAGAAACGUCAAGGCUGGAGAACGUUCCUCGUCAUUCCAGAGCUUGCUCAGGAGUUGCACGUUUGGACAGACAAGAGCUCUUUAUUUGAAGAACUGCAGGGUCUGGACAUAUUCUUGGCUGAGCUGUACAAGCAUUUGGACAGCAGCAGCAAUGAGAGGCCGGACAUCAGCACCAUCCAGAGAAGAGUCAAGAAAGUCACCCAUGACAUGGACAUGUGCUAUGGCAUGAUGGGAAGUCUCUUCCGCAGUGGAUCAAGACAGACUCUUUUCGCCUCCCAGGUCAUGAGAUAUGCCGACUUAUACGCAGCAUCCUUCAUCAACCUCCUGUACUAUCCCUUCAGCUACCUGUUCAGAGCUGCUCAUGUACUGAUGCCACAUGAAUCAACGGUUGAACAUGCUCAUGUUGACAUCGACACUGAGUCACCACUGGCCACACGAAACCGGACGCACUGCAGUGACUGCAAAGACCUGGACUGUAAACGCAACCAGUUCACCCGCUCCUUCAGUGAAAUCAAACCCCCAAACCUGUUCGCCCAGACGCCCCAGGAGAUCACCCACUGCCACGAUGAGGACGAUGAUGAAGAGGAGGAAGAGGAGGAAGAGGAAUAAGUUAACUGAGGGCCAUUUUCCAAUACAUUUACUUCAAAGUAAAUAUGAAUACAGUAUGACAGACUGUAUGCAUGCUUGAUCCUCUGCCUUAGUUUAAACAAACAAAACAUGGAUUUCUGUCGCACCACAUUCUCAUGGUCUGGGCGCAAUUUUGAGGACAUUUGACCAUUCAAAAGAAAAAUGUUUUAAAUAGUUAAUUGCUGUGUCAGCAGUACUAUUUUUAUCACUGGGAACCCUUGGGUAAUUCCUUGCAUAAAACCCACAUGACAUAGUUUAAUCAUAUUUUUACCUUUGACUUGGCACAAGGUUCAACACAGAACAUUUUUAUAAUGAAACUGACUUUUUAUGCAAGUUGGGAACAAAUGCACAUAUUUAUCAUACAUUUGUGUUUGUUUUUCAUUUGGCGCUCACUGAUGCAAGACAUCCUGUGUUGAUUGCUAAAGCAGCAGACAGUAGCAGAUGCUGUGACGAUAUUCUGAGGUACGUUGUAUCAAACCAGGUAAUACUGGGUUUUUGAAAAGUCAGUGUUCCAUCCUCAAGCUCACUUUGGUAUGUCAUGGCAAUUAUGGUCGUAAUAUCCCCAUAUUACAAUGAUAAUUGCCAUGACAAUGUUUCAACAACCUUGAAAAGAGGGAUCAGAUGUAGGGACACAAAAGCAAGACGAACAGUAUUGUGUCAUAGAAGAAUUUUCUUCAGCAAAAGCCAUCUUAGCUUAAAAAAUAUUUAGCUUUCCGAAUGCCUAGUUUUAGCAGAUUGGACUAAACCUAAUCUGAUUUAACCAUGUCAGUCUUGAGCACAAUUAAGCUCAGACAGGUCAAAAUAAGGUGUGAAAGCCAAGGCAAACCCAAUCAAAGCAGAACUGUGAUAUGUUUACAAACACGUCUCAUAUAUAACAGUGUCACAGUUUUAAAACGUUGGGACUUGGACAAAUGGGAUGCAUAGUGUAUUCUGUGUGAAGUGAUUUCUGUAUUUUAUUGCAAGCAGGGUGGGAGGGGUGUCUUUUUACUGAGGUGUAGUUGAAAGUAAGCCCAGUAUUCUUUCAAACCUUUAACACUGUGAUCUGACCAGUAUAUUUUCAAGCUUCACUUGUGCUACAUUUUGACUUUUGGUUUUCCUGGGCUGCAGUCUUUACAGGCUGUCUGCCGUAAUGCACCAGCUUUUUUAGCUUUUCUCGCACUUGUCUUUUUCGUUCUGGGGUCUUCACUGUUAAAGAUUGGCUCCCCGCCAUGCAGUGAUUUGCCUGUUUAUCUGAUGCAGGAUGCUCUUUCUGAUGUAAUCUUUUCCAUCUAUCCAGACUCGGGACAGACUCGAGUAUUCUAUUUUUGAAUUUUUGAGUUUACUAAUUUGUCUGAACUUGUUUAAAUAAUCUUUACAUGUUGUAUUGGCCUCAGACCACAAAAGGGAAGGAACAAGGUGUCUGCAUAUUUUGAGCUUGGUUUAAUGUGAAGUGGGAGAGAGCAUUCAACCCACACUAUAUUACAACGGUUUGUCAUCCUUUUAUACAGAUGCGUUGUUUGUAUUGUUGAUUGUGACUGGGUAUUCUGGAUAUGCUACAUGAGGCAGCUGCAUUCACUCAGUUGACUGUUGGUUCUGUGCAUACUUGGUCUAUGCAUGUCAAAUAACAAACAGAUCUUUUGUGCUGAUAUUCUAGUGGCAUUAAUUUGUUGCAUUUAUGUCACUAUAGUUAACACAGAGGAGAACUACUGUACGAUACAUACCAUAAAGAAAAACGGCAUGUUAAGUAUGAAGCUACUUGUCAACACUAUGGGAUUGUUUUCUAAUGUAAUCCAAUGUAAUGGUUUUAUUGGUCUAGGUUUACACAAGUGUAAAUAGACCUCUCUGUUUCUUUUUUCAUUUCUAUGCCAAUUUUGAUUAUUUUUUGUUACAUUUUUAUAAUUCAGUUUGGUAUGCUGGUUAUAUUUUAAAACAUUUUAAUUGUGCAUAACAAAACAGUUGUUGUUGUUUUAAAAUAAAUUGUUAUCUUCAGUUUUAAUCAUAGGAUCUAUUGAUAUCCUCUUGUUUAUUUCCCCUUAGUUUAUCUUGCAAACUGUAAAAUAUGAUAAAAAUAUAAUGUAAAUUAAACAUAGUUUUCCAAAUAUGUGUAAUCUGUUUUGCUUGUGUGUGGAUUUUGGAUUAUUCAAAAUAUGUGUAUUGCAUCUAUAAUCUUUAAUGAAGCAGAUUCACAGACAGAUUUGUUAAUCAUUCACUUUUUAUUAAACCAACAGCUGGAUGAGGCUUUGCGGUCCUCAGGGAGAAGCACAUUGGCCAGCACAUGGUACAGUAGCAGCACUAGGAUGGACAAGAGAAACAGCAGUGUUUUAUAUGAAGACAGAUGCUGAUGAUCUAUUCACAGCGCAUAUUAAAGGGACAUGACCUGUCUGUCAAAGCAGCCAUGGAGUAACACCUCACCAGGCUGAGAGACCAAACUGAAAUGGGACUUUUUCAGGCAACUCUUGUAGCUUAUGUGAUUGAUCCAAAAGUAGAUCUGCUGCAUAGGUGAACUUCCAAGUAAACAAGCAACAUUAUUCAUAAACAGAAACUCAAACAUAGAUGCAGGUAUGAUCUUGCACAUGUUCAGACCAAAAGUGUAGAAACAGCGCCCACCAGUGGCUCUAUAUAGCAAUGUAAAAACUCAAUUUAGUGGCCUCAUUGCAUAGUGCAUAACAGCUAGGCCUAGAUGAUCAUGCAUAUGUC